AUGAUUUCCGGAAUCGCCCACAUCAACCUCCCAAUCCCUCGGGGUACAUUAGACCAAGCCGAGGAGUUCUACGGGACCACCCUCGGACUCACCUCAGCGCCGGUACCGGGGCUCCAGAAGGGAACAAUUCUAUGGUUCGAUAUCGGCUCCAGCGGACAACAAGUGCAUAUUAGCUUCGGCGCGACUGAUCCCCAAGCUAACCGGCACCCAUGCUUCAAGCUGUCUUCGCGUGAGGAACUGGAGGAGAUUAAAGCAAGCAUCUAUGACCACCAUGUGCGUGGUGGUGCCGCAGCCCCAAUGGCGGCUGAUAAGCCCGGCGAUGUAAACUCUGGCGCUCAAGGGAAAGAAUAUCCCACGCGGUUCUUCGCUCGGGAUUUUGCUGGAAAUCGACUUGAGUUUACUAUUUGA